ACCCCCCUGCAGGCCUCUCUCCCCCCCACCUCCCAGCCCAUGGUCUCUCAGCCCCAGCAGCAGCAGGCAGGCAGCACCGUGGUACAGAGCCCCUCUCAGACCCAGCUACCCCCUGGACCACAGCCCACACAGCCCUCCCAGACGGCUCCUCAGCCUUUGUCAUUGGACCAGUCACAGUUACAACCUCCACAAGUGCCCUCGUCCAUGGAGAGCGGUCACUCUGACGUGGCGUCCGGCCUGAGCGAUGGAAAUGAUGGAGGCAGACAGGAGGGGCGCUCCAUCAAGCGACACCAGCGGCGCUCUGUACGGAGUCGUUCUCGUACCGACAAGAUUGGCAAAGCAAAGUUGAAUGUACUAAAUAUAUCCAACAUGGGCGACAGGGUAGCUGAGUGCCAGUUGGAAACGCACAACAGAAAGAUGGUGACUUUUAAGUUUGAUCUGGACGGAGAUAACCCAGAGGAAAUAGCACAGAUUAUGGUCACCAGUCUGUUUAUACUGGAGAGCGAGAGGGAGUCGUUCAUCGAGCAGGUCCGUGAGGUCAUCGAGAUGGCUGACGAGAAGGGUCUGGAGAAAGAUGGAAACACCCAGAUUGUUUCCCAGAUAGUUAGUGACCUCCAGCAGCAACAGAUCCCUGCUAUAUCUGAACCGUUGCCAGGUAUCCCUUCCUGUGCAGCCCAGGUGGUCCACUCUGCAGGCAGGAGGUUUAUAGUCAGCCCCGUGCCUGAGUCCAGACUCAAGGACCAGUUCUUUGCUGACUCAGCGGCUGCAGGCUCUGCCCUGCUGAGACAAGAUUCACAGUACUUUCACGCCGCCCGUGCUGUAGCUGCAGGUCAGGGUCUGUCCCAGUCGGCCUCCGCGGUCAGCCUGCAGCAGGCCUUCUCAGAGAUGAGACAGAACCAGGGCCAGUACGACCCAGGGCCCAGCACCGCUCCUCCCUCCAUCCACAUAGCCUCCCUGCCUGUCCUGGUCCCUGCUGCAGCCACCACCACCACCAUCCCAGUCUUCUCCACUGCUCCUAUAGCCUCUGCUCCUCUCCCCCAUGCUCAGGUUCCAUCUGAGGCCUCUGUGACCUCCCCUCCCCCCCCAGUCUCCAUCUCCCCUCCAGCCUCCACCUCCACCUCUCCACCUGCGCCCAUCCACCAGGCCACCACCCCCAUCCCCACCCAGCUCCAGUCUGUUGAUACCCAGCCUCUCCUUUCCCAGGCCCCUCUCACCCUGCCGGUGACCCAACCCGUGGUCUCCUCCGUACCUAGUGUUACAGCCCCAAUCCCUGCCCCAGCCACCUCUGUGUCCCCCCCAGUCCCUGCUGUCCUCCCCACCCUCCCCAACACAACUACCCUGUCCACCUCAGCCUCCUUCCCCCAGACCUCUGGCUCCAUCCCUGGUGGUCCCACCACCUCCAUACCCACUACAGUCCUUUGUCAUUCUGCCACGGCCCCCCUGGUCAGCAGCUGUAGCAGUGAUAGUGGAGGAAGCUCAGAGCAGCUCCCUGUCCCUUCCACUGCUGUCCCCCAGCUCACCACUACCGUAGUCCCCACCACGGCUAUCCAAGGCCCCCUGCUAGCCCCUCCAUUGCUAACCCCAGUGCAGAGCUCCCUUCUUCCUCCUCGCGUAGCCUCUCUAGCCCCAGGGGCCACGGUCCCUACCUUACAGCCAGUCACCACCACCAUCCCCGUGGUCCAGCCCACCCUGGUGCACACCCAGCCCCAGCCUGCUACAAUGCCCAACCAGACCCAUGCCCAGUGUGGAGAGUGUGAGGUGGCCCUGGGCAUCGAUGACAUCCACGCCCUGGAUAAGAAGCUUCGCUCCCUCUUCAUGGACCUGGGUGGCGGUGGAACCACCCAAGCCGAUGGCUCUGUCGACCCAGCUGGAGGCACUGGUGUCCCGGGAACCUCUUCCCCAACCGGCCACUCAUCCACCCCCAGCUCCACAGGCACCCCCCUGCCCCCCUCCAGCCUCCCCCUGGCCUCCUCAGGACCAGGGCAUGUCUCUGGGACCCCCCUCACCACCCCGGGACAGGCUGGGACCCCUUCCACCUACACCCAGACUACCCCGGCCAAAGCACCUCUGUCGAGGUUACCGAUUUUUAUGACACCUCUGUGUAAGGUGUUGCCUGUGGGAUCAGAUCAGGCUCAGGCUGGCCCCCCUCCUCCCUCAGACCACAUGGCACCCUUCCCAGGACCCUGUCUAACUCAGUCCCAGCAGCCUCUGGAAGACCUGGAUGCCCAGCUGAGGAGGGCCCUGAGCCCAGAGACGGUCUCUGUCAGCUGUGUCACCACACAGUCCUCCCUCACUGGGAUGCCUGCAGGUGGCCAGCCAGUGCCUUUCUCUCUGGAAGGGGAACCAAUCAUGUCGCCUAUUGCUGGAGGAUUCCAAAUGGGACGAUUCCAGGUCUCUGUGGCUGCAGACCAGCGUCCCCACAAAAUCGAGGGAGGGAGCCCCACAAAAUCCUCCUCCACCUCCUCUUCCUCCUCCUCUUUCUCCAGCCCGGAGAACACACUGCACAAUGUCUCCUCCCCUCUCCACGGAGGUAAGACUGGUGGGGGAGAUGUUGUGGACGGCCUGCCCUCCCUCCCCCACCGGACCUCCUCCCCUCAGCCCACCACCAUUGGCCGCUUCCAGGUCACCACCAACGCACCGGAUGCCAGGGUGGGCCGCUUCUCAGUGAGCCGAGCCCAGGAUGAGGCAGCCGAGGCUGGGUUGGAGCAAACACCCGCUUCCCAGGCUAACGGGCCUAGUAUUGAUCCUGGCUCGGCCACCAUGCUCCUCAGCCCAGAGGACAAACAGAGCUCCCUGCCCAGCCUCAACAACUCCUACAUGAGCUCUGAUAACGACUCUGAGUUUGAGGACGAGGACUUGAAGAGGGAGGUCAACCGGUUACGGGAAAAGCACAUGAAGGAGAUCCAGGCCCUGCACACCAAGCAGAAGGAUGAGAUUGACUCCCUGUUCGCCAGGCUGGGCAAGGUGCCUCCAGCCGUGGUGGUCCCUCCAGCUGUAGCCCUGGCCGGUCGCAGGAGACGACCCACCAAAAGCAAGAGCAGCAAGUCCAGCCGCUGCAGCUCCUCCCAGGGCAGCAAGAGCCCUCUGCAACCAGGCAGCACUUUAUCUGCACAGAGCGCCCCCUCAGUGUACCCACCCUACCAGGCUCUCCUCCUGGCCCCUGGGGCCUCCCGACCCCAGCCUCCACCCUGCCUCUGGGAGCCGACCCGGCCCCUCAAGCAUCUCGGCCCUCCAGUGAAAACCUGUGCUCUGCCUACACCAGCGAAGCUACGCUGUCCGUGCCCAGUCUCUGUGCCCCCACCCAAG